UUCUUUCUUCUUCUUACCAAAUCUGUCGGCGUCGUCUCUAAUCUAAGCUCCUCCUAUGGAAGAAGAAGAAGGUCAUCAGCAGCGUCACCGCCUCUGCGACUAUUGCGACUCCUCCGUGGCUCUUGUCUACUGCAAAGCUGACUCCGCCAAGCUCUGUCUCGCCUGCGACAAGCAAGUCCACGUCACCAACCAACUCUUCGCCAAACACUUCAGGUCACUUCUCUGCGACUCCUGCCACGACUCUCCCUCUUCCCUCUUCUGCGAGACGGAAAGGUCUGUUCUUUGCCAGAACUGCGACUGGCAACACCACACCGCCUCUUCCUCCCUUCAUAGCCGCAGACCCUUUGAAGGAUUUACCGGCUGUCCCUCCGUGCCUGAGUUGUUGGCAAUCGUUGGCCUCGAUGACCUCACUCUCGAUUCCGGAUUGCUUUGGGAGUCACCGGAGAUCGUUAGCCUCAACGACCUUAUUGUUUCGGGCGGGUCGGGUACUCAUAACUUCCGGGCCACGGAUGUUCCUCCUCUGCCUAAGAAUCGUCACGCCACGUGCGGUAAAUACAAAGACGAGAUGAUCCGACAGCUCCGUGGACUAGCGAGAUCCGAGCGGAGUUGUCUGAAAUUCGAAACCCCGGAAGCUGAGAUGGAUGCCGGAUUCCAGUUCCUGUCGUCGGAUUUGUUUUCUACAAGCGAGCUGGAGAGUGGACUGAAAUGGUUCGAUCAGCAAGAUCAUGAGGACUUUCCAUAUUGCUCUCUGCUAAAGAACUCGUCAGAGUCAGAUGAGAAACCUGAGAAUGUAGACCGAGAGUCUUCUUCGGUGAUGGUUCCGGUUUCUGACGGCUUAAACCGAUGUGAGGAGGAGAUUGUGAUGGUGCCGGUUUGCACUAGUACAAGGUCGACCACACAUGAGAUCAACAGUCUUGAGAGGAACUCUGCUCUCUCUCGCUACAAAGAAAAGAAGAAAUCUCGAAGGUACGAGAAACACAUCAGGUAUGAAUCACGCAAGGUUCGUGCAGAAAGCAGGACAAGAAUCAGGGGACGUUUCGCUAAGGCAGCAGAUCCAUGAAUGAUGAUGAGGUGUCCAAUUACCUUGAUAAUCAAAAAAAUCCUUGUAUUAUUAAUGGAAUCAUAUAAUGUAUAUGAUCAGAUAAGUUUUUGUAUUCUAAGCUUAGGAGUUUACCACUGUAUAUCCACCACACUCUCAAUUAGUCACUUAAGAAACCGUCUGUUUUUUU